CUUUCAGCGCGGGAAAAUUAUAGCUAUUCGUCUGAGUUUCAUUUAUCGAAGAGCCGGCGCGGGGUCGGGUGAAGUUUCUGCUCUUGUACAAUCAGAAGGAUGGGCUGGUCGUAUCCUGAGAUAUCGCUGCAAGAUUUGAUGAAAUUGAUUCAGAAUUUCGUCAAUAUGGUGAUUUUGGCUUCUGGGUAUCAAUUAACAGGCCGUCUGGCGCACUGGGACUCCCACAACAUCAAGAAAUCUUUUCGGUGGGCGAACUUCCUCGAGAAUUUGGCCAGGGGCUUGACAAGUUCUGGUGAUUAUCAAGACUCAGUUAAAGAGCUUGAUGCUGCUUUAAUUGGAUUGACAUCCAAUCCUCAUUUCCCUCAGGGUCUUGCCCACUUGUCAUGCACUACCCUUUGUAGAGCGAGAGAGUUUCUGUUGGAGCACCUGAUUCAUACGUUACCCCUGAGGGAGUCCCAUCUAAAAGCUAUAAUGACAGCAUCCGUUGAGAUGGACUUCAGCAACCUUCAGAGGAUAGACAAUGAUUAUGUUGAUGUCUACUCGGAACAAUUACGGCGAAUCCCCUCAAAAGGUCUGAAUUUAAGUGAGAGCAGAAAUUUCAUGGAGGGUUCCAAGAUUUCAUCUCCCAGUGCUGUUCCAAGUGGGAAACAAUAUAAUGUGGUUGACUGUGACUUUACUGUGACCGCUGUUCAGCAACUUGGAAGAAGGCAGCUGGCUGUGUCUUGCUGUUCAGCAGUGGAGACUGGUUUGGAGAAUAUGUGGAGAACUAUAGGACAAAGCAUGCAUGCUGAGCUUGGGUGUACCUCAAACUCAGAACUAAUAGAGCACUCGGCGUGUUCGAUCGCAGAGGAACUGCCAGUUGAAGCAAUUGUUUGGAAUCGCUGGAGAUCAAGAAGCCUAUCAUAUAUGCUUGACAAUCGGACUAUAAGGCUGGUAUCUGGUGCCAGUUUGAUUUUUACUGCGCCUGAAGGCCAAUGGACCAAAAUAUUUGGACAACUAAAUAUUUUGUCUGACAGUGAGGAUUUGUGUGAAACAAUUGAGCUCUUGUUAUUAGGAUGUAUUGCAGAUAGAUGGAGCCCACUCAUUGAACAUUUGAUGUCAGUUUCAUACAAGCCCCUUACACUCUCAAGGAUUUACCAUGAAGUUUUCAAAUUGUCACUGGGAAAGUCUCUUCACCUUUUCCUGAAAGAGAGCUUGGUUAAUUGUAAGGAAAAAUGUGUUGUAGACUAUCUUGAAGUGUUAUUUAAGAGUCAACUCAAACAACUGUGGGCACUACCACCAGUCUUGGCAGCAGUUGCAAUUCCUUCAUGGUCACAGUUGUUCAGAUCCUAUCUCUGUGAGCUAGAGGGUCAGGUCAGAGGAAAUUUUUUGGCAACCAGGCGCUGCAGUUGCGUUGGUGGUGCUAUGGAGCAUAGGGAGUGUGAGGUGGCUGAGAGAAUUUGGUGCCUUUAUAUAUUUCAUAUCCACAGAUCCCAUGCUGCAUUGGAAAGCACUGCAUGACUAUGCUGGCCCCUUGCUAUAAUUGUGGGUCACACUCAGAGAAAUCAAGAGGGAGAGGAGAGAAGCAUCCAAACUGCGAAGAGAGAAAUGGUUGUGAAGGAAUCUACGACGUUGCUGCAAUUGCUGAUGUCUGCAAUCAUUGGCGAGUGGGAAAAGUACAUUGGUAGUAUAUUUUAAAGGUGACCAAUUGAUCAACAGGUACUGCCUGCAGCUGCAACAUGGCUAUGCAAUCGUCAAGAAGGGUAAUCCAAUUCUCAACUAUAAGGUCAAACCAGCUAUUCUGGUCCAUCAGUGAAAGCCCUGGUGCCAAGACAGCUUGGAUAUGUACUUCAAAGUUGGUGCAGAAUUGUUGCUUAAAUGAAAGGCAUGAUGUAAUGUGCUUCGGUCAAUGUUUGACCACUCUCUCUUCAUGUAGUUUCUGAUGGGGACCAUCAGAACCUACAGGUAUCAAUGCUAAAGUUGACUGAUUCUUCGUGAUCAGAACACUUACACCUCCUGCAAAUGCGAAAAAGACACCAUGCAAGCUUUUCAAGAUGCCUCCCAAUGGAAUAUCAACACUUUUUAGCAGGUAACCACGACAUCCACCACUAUAUUACCUUACUGAGUUAAUAGUCCCUGAAGCUCAACCUAUGAAAAUAUCAAAAUCAUGAGCUUGAAAAAGAUCCAUAUGUUGAAACGGGGAAAGGCAUUUUUACCCCGUGGCUCCGCAGCCACUCUUGUUAACAGUGUCCAGCGAGAAACAACUGAAACUUGUCGGCAUGGAUCAUAUGCUGCAUGGCUAUUGCUCUGGAGGUUCAGAUCGCAAUGGAAACGACUUCUAAGCAAGCAAAGCAACAAAACACGGUACAACUAU